GAGGCCAUGUGAUGCUGGGCGAGAGCGAGCCGCCGCCGCCCGCCGGAGCCUCCUUCCCUCACUCUGAUCCCGGGCUGUCAUGGCGACCCCCAACAACCUGACCCCCACUAACUGCAGCUGGUGGCCCAUCUCGGCGCUGGAGAGCGAUGCAGCCAAAUCAGUCGAGGCCCUCGACGCGCCGGAGGCGGCCAGCCCCGCCCAUUGGCCCAAGGAGAGCCUGGUUCUGUACCACUGGACCCAGUCCUUCAGCUCGCAGAAGGUGCGGCUGGUGAUCGCUGAGAAGGGCCUGGCAUGUGAGGAGAGGGACGUGAGCCUGCCCCAGAGCGAGCACAAGGAGCCCUGGUUCAUGCGGCUCAACCUGGGCGAGGAGGUGCCCGUCAUCAUCCACCGCGACAACAUCAUCAGCGACUACGACCAAAUCAUCGACUACGUGGAGCGCACCUUCACAGGAGGACAUUUAGCUAAUGCCACUACGGACCUCAUGAAAUUAGACCAUGAAGAGGAGCCCCAACUCUCUGAACCCUACCUUUCUAAACAGAAGAAGCUCAUGGCCAAGAUCUUAGAGCAUGACGACGUGAACUACCUGAAGAAGAUCCUCGGGGAGCUGGCCAUGGUGCUGGACCAGAUUGAGGCCGAGCUGGAGAAGAGGAAGCUUGAGAACGAGGGGCAGAAAUGUGAGCUGUGGCUUUGUGGCUGUGCCUUCACGCUGGCUGACGUGCUCCUGGGAGCCACCUUACAUCGCCUCAAGUUCCUGGGACUGUCCAAGAAAUACUGGGAAGACGGAAGUCGGCCCAAUCUGCAGUCCUUCUUUGAGAGGGUCCAGAGACGCUUGGCCUUCCGGAAAGUGCUCGGCGACAUCCACACCACCCUGCUGUCGGCUGUCAUUCCCAAUGCUUUCCGGCUGGUCAAACGGAAACCCCCAUCCUUCUUUGGGGCGUCCUUUCUCAUGGGUUCCCUGGGCGGGAUGGGCUACUUUGCCUACUGGUACCUCAAGAAAAAAUACAUCUAGAGCCAGGCCAGUGUGUGACUGUCGGUGUCUCUGUGCUGUGUGAUUCCCAAGGAGCUCUCUGUAACUCACUGUCUCAUGAACACUUGGACAGCCCUCCCCCGCCCCUUGUUCUGAGUAAUUCUGUCGUCAAUGUGAAAACAUUCCAUAGUUUAGUAGUAGACGUUGCCAAUGCCAUGAGUAGAGGCCACCGCUCUACUAAAAGAAGAGAAAAUGAGAGACAGAAAGAAAAAAACACAAAAACAAAACACGAAUGCCUUUUCUUUUGAUUUAAGGUCUCAAGUUGGAACUGUGGGGACUGGUUAGGAUCUGAGGUGAGUUCCAGGUUGCUUCAUCCACCAAGGCCCAGAUUCUGGGAGGUGCUGGAGGCUAAGAGGGCCUGAUCCCUUGCCUCUCCUUCCCUCUUGCCCACGACACUCUUCCAAAGGACAAAGCCAACAUCAAGACUCGGCGCUUCUAACUGGUACCUCCGGUGGGGCUGGAGACCCAGAGACCCUUCGGGAGGCCCCUGAAUAUUGGAAGGGGCUUCAUUCUUCUCCUGGACAUGGACUGAGACAGUAUGAUGCAAUCCAAGGCAGUGGCUCCCCUAAACUAGGUUGUGGUUGGGAUGAGCACCUCUUACGUCCUUCUCAGCUGGUGUGUUUGGUUUUACACUUUAGUAGUGACCCCUGAAGGCAGUAUCCACCAUCUUUUUCCCACCUGGAGUUGAGUUUUCCCACCACGUGAGGUGGGGCUUCCAUUCAAAGCCAUGUUGACCUUCUCAAAGAAGGUCCCGGCCCAAGAGCAGAAGUGGAUCCAGAGGUAGAAGAACCCCAGGUCCCUUUCCCAGCCUCUGUCAAAGCCAUCUCCUUUCAAAGCCCACCUUUCCCACCACUCAUGGGGCUCCCCACUUGCCCCACCAUGCCACGUAGGGGGUCUCUGUAUCCACAGUCCCCACCUGGGUCAUGCCUCACUUUCCUGUGCCUUUUGCAUGUUGGGAAAGGGUCUGGGUGUCACUGCUGCUCAUGCUUAGAAAUCACGGAAAGCCCUAAUAAAGCAUUGAGGAGGAGCAGUUGCCUUGCAUUUCUGAACGUGUGCUGUUCAUCUAGCUCUCAUUUCCUAAG